GCUCCAGGGAGGGAAAAGAGGGAGGGAACAAGGGUGGAGGAGGGAGAGGUGGGCAGCCUUCUGAGGAAAGGGGGAGUCUCUCUUUCAGUCUCGGUCAGACUGAUGGUCUUCUCUUCCUCCGGUCUGCUCUGGCUCUCUUGCUGCCGGCGGCUGGCUCUGGGAGUUUGAUUGUGUUGUCUGGAUUUGAUCAUGGACUCGGGCUGAACAGCUUCACGUAUCGGGACAUGAGAGGAGUCACUGGAGAUUCACUGAGCAGCUCCCACUCUGACUUCCUGAAGACAUAUGUGGCAUGAAACCAGAUCAUACACAUCUUCAUUCAUCACCUCCUCCUCCUUCAUCUCCCUCCACCAUCACCAGUUAGGAACUCUCUCACAGCUCCACCGCAUUGAUGAGGUAACAUCAAGCUCCACACAGCACAGCACCCACCUGCUCAAGCACCGCCCCCCCUCCCCCUUCCUUCUGCCAACCCUUUCACUACAGCUAUGGGUCAGAAGAUAUCUGGUGGGAUAAAAUCGGUAGACAGUCGCGGGGAAAGUGGUGGUUCCCCGUCUUAUCGGCCCUUGGCUCAUCGCCGGCAGCACCCGGCGCUAAGAGGCCCAGAUUUCUCCAAACCUCCCAGGCUGGAUCUCCUGCUGGACAUGCCAUGCGCUGGACCAGAGACCCAGCACCGCCACGCGUGGAACCCUGAUGACCGCUCGCUCAACAUUUUCAUCAAAGACGAAGAUAAAUUGACAUUUCACCGGCACCCGGUCGCUCAGAGCACAGACUGCAUUCGGGGGCAUGUCGGAUACACAAGAGGUCUUCACGUGUGGAAGAUCCACUGGCCCUCUCGGCAGCGAGGCACCCAUGCAAUAGUUGGAGUUGCAACAUCAGAAGCUCCUUUACACUCCGUUGGGUACACGGCGUUGGUGGGGUCAGACUGUGAGUCCUGGGGCUGGGAUCUGGGACGCAACCGGCUCUAUCAUGACAGUAAGAACCGGGCUCACAGCUCACUUCCAUCUUACCCAUGUUUUCUCGAGCCAGAGGAGUCGUUCACACCGCCGGACUCCCUGCUCGUGAUUCUGGAUAUGGAUGAAGGAACCCUGAGCUUCAUGGUAGAUGGACAGUAUCUAGGAGUGGCGUUUCGAGGGCUGAAGGGCAAGAAGUUGUAUCCCAUUGUCAGCGCCGUGUGGGGACAUUGUGAGAUAUCCAUGAAGUACAUCAACGGCUUGGAUCCCGAGCCUCUUCCUCUGAUGGACCUGUGUCGGCGUGCAGCUCGCCUGGCAUUGGGCCGCGAGCGGCUUCAGGAGAUUGAGAGCCUCCCUCUUCCUCAGUCCCUCAAAAAUUACCUCCAGUACCAGUGACUGACACAUACAGAGCAACCCGGGAGAACAAUGACACAAACCAGACCACCAGAAAGUCUGAGGAUGGGUGGAUGAAACAAAAUCAUUAAAAAGAUGCAAACAUGGAUGAUGGAUGGAAGCAUGUCCACGUCAAGAGUGUCAGAGCUCUAUUAAAGAUGAAUUUAUACAAGGCUAGAAAGAAGGAUGGUGGAUGAACUGACGGUGGGGGAGGUCCAGGCUGUCACACAAAAAGGUCAGGGGCAGCACCAGCUUCUUUUGAAUUUUGAGCUGCUCUUUUAUUAGUUUUUAGACUUUAACUAAAUUAUUGAUGAUGGUAUACCAUCAGUGUGUCACUCAACCGGGGAGAAAGCCCGUCCUCUGGUGGCACAGUGCAGUGAAGAGGAGAGACGGUGGUGAGACGAACACCACCACCACCUAGUGAGGAAAGUAAACAACUGCGACAAGAAGGCAGACUAAUCCUAAACACGGCGGCCUUUCUGACGUACAGUCAGUGACAAUAUCUUUGAGGUUGAUACCACAGUGUGUGUGUAUCCACAGUCUCCACUGGCACAGAUGACAGGUUGCAGAGCUCACACAUCCAAGAGGAUUUAAGCACUAAUGUCAUUUUAUGUGACAACUCGGGGCCUGGCCACAAGCUCCCCGCCGCACACAGAGUGGAUCAAAGCAUGGCUGCAGGUGGAAUACAGAGUUUAACACAAGAGCCUUACCUCCUGCCUCAUGCAGAUAUUUGGUGAUAAUUAGCCCUUUUCAGAGGCAUGUCUUAAAUUAGGUAAAUUAGGAAUGAGCAGUGGAGUUGGUAAACAGUUAAAGAAAGAACAAGUGUUUUACUGAUUUAAAAAUAGAAAAUAAAUUGUAAAUGUUACACCUCAUUAAUGAGCCAAUCACAUGACAGCAAGUCAGUGCAUUAAGGGACAUGGUCAAGUUCACACUGAGCUUCAGAAUGGAGAAGAAAGGUGGUUUAAGUGACUUUAAACACAGUAGGUUUGUAGGUGCUGGAUGAGCAUUUCAGAAACUGCUGAUCAGCCGUUAUCUCCAUGCACAACCAUCGCUAAUGUUUAUAGAGAAAGUAGAGAAAAUAGUGAUCAUCGGUCAGAAGAGAAUGACCAGAUUGGUUCCAAAUGGUAGUAAUUCAACACCUGAUUAGCUGAACCUAACCUAAAAAAUAGUGAGUUCAUGUGUUUCCAUCACUUCCCUAGAUGACCUCUUCUUGCUUUAACUGAUGUCAGAAGAAAAAGAAAAACACCAAAUACUGAUUUGUCAGACAUUGUCUGUUACAGUGCAAACUUCUUUAAUGUGCAGACUUUGUGCUGCUGCUUCCUUUUCGUUAAUGUGACAAUAGUAAAUUAAGACUUGCACUGUGUGGGGAGUGUUGCUGCACCUGCACAUGCAGUUUAUUACCCGUGUGUCUGAAAUGGGCUUUAUCACUGAAACACAUAUGAGAUAAAAACUGCUCGUUGUUUUAAAGAGGUGUUAAGUUGCACUGAGAAACAUUCCUCACUAGACACUAAAUCACAUUUGAUGAUGUCAAUCAUGACCAAAGUGUUUCAUACAAAGCCAUGAAGUGUACACUUGUGUGUGUGUAGGGGCUGUAGGUCUUGGUGUGCCGCAGUAUUACGACAGUGUUACAACAGUGCUACGACAGUGCUAACGCGCUGUUGACAGUCAAAGGAGCGUCGCCUGCUGAUGUUUGUAGCCGCCUACUGUAGCUCACCGGUACAAGACAGUAUCCGUCUGCUCGCCGCACAACUGUCUUAAUGACCAUAAACAAAACAAACAAACAAACAAAUAAAUGGGACCUGGGCAGAUCUAGAAUCACUGCAUCUAUGUUAAAGGCCUUAAACAGGACAUAGGAACAUCACUGGUAUUGCAGUGUGUUUUUGGCUCAAAUUUAAAAUGCAGAUGAACAGCGCACAAACACACACAGGAAGCGCACACACACACCCACAGAGAUUUUCUUUCCUUAAAAAAAGGCUUGAGUCACUUUUUUUUUACUUCUGAGUUUGUAUCCUACAUUAUUCUUAUUAAUUAUUCUUAUUGACAUUUUGAGUGUGGAGUCUGAUUCUGAUGGUGAUGAUGUUUAUUUUAUCACAAGCUAAUUUAAUGUUUUUUUUGUUUUUUAAACUGAUGAGUGAUGGUUACAUUCAGGUAAAUGUACUGCAAAGAUGCUGGUGAUGAAGGGAGAGAGAAAUCUGAACUAGGUGAUUCAAUGCUGCUUUUAUUAUUAUUAUUGUUAUUGUUAUUAUUAUAUUAUUAUUAUUAUUACUAUAAUAAUUCUUAUUGUUAUAUUUGGGAGGGUGGUGGUCUCACCUCUGCUUCCAUCGGUUAGGAUGGAGAGAAAAAGGACCAAUUCAGAAAAGUUGUCGAAUGUAUGGACAGUGCAGUUGAGAUGUCAACAGAUAAGAAAUGUGAAUAAAAAGCCAAGUGAAUUUGAAAAAAA